CCAAACCAGCCUGUGGUUUCGCACAGCCACGAGCGUUUGUCGAGCCCGUGUGGCUGUGGGCGCUUGUGUUUCUCUCGCUCGUCUUUUUAUAGCGUAACUGCGGUACUAGUGGCUGGUCUUUAAUCAGAGACUGGAGAGGCGGGCCGUGGUGCUGACUGUAAUGCGAUAGCUGCGCCCGUCCUUAAUGUUAUUACAUCCACAUGCUGCUGCCGCGCGAGACUCAGCGCUCAAACGAAGAGACGCGCAGUGCCAAAGAGACAGCGCGCGGAGUAUCUCUAUCACAAGACUUCAGUUACACACCCUCUGCACAGAAGACCAUAUCCGAACUGCCCUUUUCUGACAGUUUUCCGCUGUGGCAGUGUUUCCCAUUCGAGAGCGUUUGGUGGUGGAUUCUGUGGGGACUAGACCGGGAAAACGCUUCACGUCAGUUGGAUUUGAAGGCGAGAGAACGCUCCGCUCACCUCACUCACUCACUCGUUGCUAUAGCUCGAGGAAAUCAAGCCAAAACAUGUUUUCGGCCUGAAAGAGAAAGUUGUUUAGUUUUAUUCAGCCGUUUUAUAUUUCUUUUGUUAAGUUGCUUUUGCUUAGGAUAUAACUGGAGAUGUUAAACAGCCAAGUCUGGGUUGAAUUUACGCAUCCAGCAUUUUGAAGCACAUUGAGAAAGCAGGCGGAAGAAAUUGUUAUCAGACUCAAGACUCAGUGGAUACAUCAUCAGCGGACAAGAACAUUUUCAAAGAACAUCACAAGAACUUCAGCAUUUCCACUGCUAGCACUGGGUGACUAUCACCCGGAAAAGAUGGAUUUAUUCACAAAGCUCUGUGGAUCUUUACUUGUCUUGUGCGCGACAUUAGUUUAUGGAGAGGAGGAGCCAUGUGGUGGGCAUUUGGAUGCCAGUGACGCAGGAUACAUCACCACACCCGGUUACCCGCUGGAGUACCCGCCCCACCAGAACUGCCGAUGGGUGAUCACAGCACCCGAACCGUCCCAGCGUAUCGUCCUAAACUUCAACCCGCACUUUGAGCUGGAGAAACUGGACUGCAGGUAUGACUUCAUUGAGAUCCGGGAUGGGAACUCAGAGAGUGCUGAUCUGUUGGGGAGACACUGCAGUAACAUCGCACCCCCUGCAAUCAUCUCAUCAGGCCCAGUUCUGCUCAUCAAAUUCGUCUCUGACUAUGCCCACCAAGGGGCAGGGUUUUCACUGCGUUAUGAAAUCUAUAAGACAGGCUCCGACUGUUCCAGAAACUUCACAAGUCCAUCAGGUGUGAUCGAGUCGCCUGGAUUCCCUGACAAAUACCCCCACAAUCUGGAGUGCACCUUCAUCAUCAUCGUCCCUCCUCACAUGGACGUCACCCUCACCUUCCUGACUUUCGAUCUGGAGAACGACCCCUUGCAAGGCUCAGAGGGCGAGUGCAAGUACGACUGGCUGGAGGUGUGGGACGGCCUCCCGCAGGUGGGACCUCUGAUUGGGCGGCAUUGCGGUACCAAAAUCCCCUCUGAAAUACAGUCAUCCACUGGUAUCCUCUCUCUGUCCUUUCACACGGAUAUGGCCGUGGCCAAAGAUGGCUUUUCUGCCCGCUACAACAUGACUCUCAAGGAGGUCAAUGACAAUUUCCACUGCAGUAAUGCUCUUGGCAUGGAGUCAAACAAGAUCAGCGAUGACCAGAUCUCUGCGUCAUCCUCCUUCUAUGAUGGCCGAUGGUCCCCAAGACAGGCUCGGCUUAACUUUGAAGAUAACGCUUGGACGCCCAAUGAGGACAGCAAUAAAGAAUACAUCCAGGUGGACCUGCACUUCCUGAAGGUCCUGACGGGCAUCGCCACUCAGGGUGCAGUCUCCAAAGAGACACACAAGUCUUACUUUGUCACCACUUUUAAGCUGGAGGUCAGCACUAACGGAGAGGACUGGAUGAUCUACCGCUAUGGCAAGAACCACAAGGUUUUCCAUGCAAACGCAGACCCCUCAGAGGUGGUCCUGAACCGGAUCCCCCAGCCUGUCUUAGCUCGGUUUGUCCGGAUAAGACCUCAGACAUGGAAGAAUGGAAUCGCAUUGCGCUUCGAACUUUACGGCUGUCAAAUCACGGACGCUCCAUGCUCUGAGAUGCAGGGAAUGCUAUCUGGCCUCCUGCCAGACUCGCAGAUCUCGGCCUCCUCCAUGAGGGACAUCCACGGGGCCACAGGUGCGGCCCGGCUAGUGGCCAGCCGCUCAGGGUGGUUCCCCAGUCCAGCGCAGCCUGUGGCUGGUGAAGAAUGGCUGCAGGUGGACCUGGGAGUCCCCAAAACUGUACGGGGUAUCAUCACACAAGGGGCCCGUGGGGUGGACGGCAGUAGCAGCACGGAGAACCGGGCCUUUGUGCGGAAGUAUAAACUUUCCCAUAGUUUGAAUGGAAAAGACUGGAGCUACAUCAUCGAUUCCAAGACCAAUCUCCCAAAGAUUUUUGAGGGUAACAUGCAUUACGACGCUCCAGAGAUCCGUCGCUUUGACGAGAUUGUGGCCCAGUUUAUCCGAGUGUAUCCUGAGCGGUGGUCUCCCGCCGGCAUCGGAAUGAGACUGGAGAUACUGGGUUGUGACUUGCCAGAAUCUACCACCAUUCCUGACACUGCCACGCCUACCCUCCCUCCUCACGAGGAGACGAAUACUGCCCACAGGACACCAGCUCCCACCACUCUCUCGUCUCUGGGUGGUCUGUGUGACUUUGAGCAUAGUAUGUGUGGAUGGACCCACGACCCCAUGUCUGAUCUGAAGUGGUCUCUGUAUAGUUCCUCUAGUCCUAGCCUGGACCUGACAUUGGGAUCUGACAAUUUUGGAAAUUUCCUGUAUGUGGAGGCGAGUCCUAAGUCAGAGCCCCAGCGUGCGCGGCUAAUGAGCCCAUCCGUGGGACCCGAGCGCCGUCCCGUCUGUCUGCUCUUCUACUACCAGCUGCAGGGUGAAGGUCAGGACAGCCUCCGUGUGCUGCUUCGGGACGAUGACCAGGAGGAGACGCUGCUCUGGGCGCUGAAAGGAGAUCAGGGGCCCAUGUGGAGGGAAGGACGCACCAUCCUGCCUCAGUCUCCUAAAGAAUAUCAGGUUGUCAUCGAGGGCUUCUUCGAGCAUGGCAGUCGAGGGCACAUCUGGGUCGACAAUAUCCAUAUGAGCUCCAGCAUCGAGCUCGAGCAGUGUACACAACCCUUUGCUGCAUUCCCCCCUGAAAUGACUGGGGGAGCCUCACCUGGCUGGAGCGACCCCACUGUUGACACCACAGUGUCCCUGCAGCCCAUGCCCACCUACUGGUAUUACCUAAUAGCCGGAGGUGGUGCCAUUUUCCUCCUGGGCUGCGUCACGUUGGUCAUGGUGCUGUGCUGCCAUCGCUACCACCUGGCGACCAAGAAGAGUCAGCACUCUGUGUCCUACCAGAGCACGUUCACGGGACAGUACACAGGCAGCGGCCCCAGGGGUCUCUCCGGACCUGGGGUGGAGCCGAUGCUAACGAUUAGGUUAGAAAAGCAAGAACCCUGCUCCCAGUGUUGAGAUGACACCAAUGAACAACUUACUUCCGCUGUUUCAAGAGGACAUCUAGGUAGUGUCCUUUAAAGUCUAGGAUAAGGUAAAGAAGAUGUAGACAAGUGCAAGCACCAGAGUUGACGAGUUUUCUGUGACUCUUAUGUGGAGCUCCAGUGCAGUGAAGGAGAAGAUCUGCUGUGCCGAAUGCACAUCCUGCCAAAAUCCUGACUGGCAGGGACCCCUUUUCCCCUUCUGUCUCUCUCUCUCUAUCUCUCUCUCUGUGUGGACGGGAACCUUACUGUGAAAAGCUCUAAUCUCCUGUUCAUGACCAAUCCUAUUGUACAGUCAAGAGAACUCAGCAGCAUUGCCAAACUCUGAGGAGAGCCUGCAAACAGCGGCGGGAGGAAGGCAUUGGUGCAAAAAAGAAAAACCAGGAAACUUUUCCUUGCAUGUGAGCCGCAUCUCGUGCACAUAGGAACGCUUUGAGGCUUGAGGAGUUUGACAAGAAGUUUAAAAGAGACAAAAGCAUGAACGUUGGACACUCUAGCACACAUGUUCUUGCUAGAGAAUCUGUCUCUUCACAGGAUGUGCGUGGAAGGGUUAGGUACCAUGGAAUGUACUGAAUUGUUAAAAUCUUGGUACCUCUAUAAAGUUAUGAGGUCUGGUCCUUUUAUUUUUCUUUAAGAGCUUGAGCAGAGCAAUGGAUUCGGUCCGUUCCAGUGAUCUGUUUGGUCUCCUUUGACUAUUGAAUGAAGCUUCUUAAAAGCAUUUUGAAGGCUUUUUUUUUUUUUUUUUUCUCUGAGAGUUCAUUUUGAGUAUCUGUCAAUAUGUGUCUAUAUAUAAACUCUUCUUUUCUGAAAGUCACUGGGGCUUUGGCACUCACAGUAUGUCUGAAGUGAUACAGAAUGUUUUUUUGCCUAUAUGCAAAGGUCACAUGACCCCGCCUUAGGUCGCUUCAUUGGCAUUGGGCUAGUUCAAGCCGAUCACUGUUCUUAUUUAUUAUUUAAUCCUUUCGUAUUCACACUCAGCCGAAGUGAACCGAAGUGCACAUGCAGCUUACUGAUGCGCUGACUUUAUUUUUAUAGCUAAUGCUAAAGCAGUGUGUAUUUGUGUGUUGUUUCCCCAGAGAUUUUGAUUAAACAUAGUCUUGUAAAAGAGCAGAAGCGGAGAGCUUUGUAAAUCUGCCAAAUGUCAGACGGUGCAAGAGCGCUUCGCUAGCUGAUUUUGCUUCAGGGAGCCAGUUGGCACAUUAGCAUGGUAGUUGGAGCCCAUUUCCAAGUCCACCUUCUAUAGUGUCACUCAGUACACCUGCUGAUGUCUUACUGAAUUACUAACCAACCUCUUAUCUGUAUUUUUUUGGGAAGCUUUCUGCAAAUCUAUCAGUCGAAUUAGCAGACAGUGAAAAAUAUAAACAGCAUUUUGUUUUAUUAGCAUUAUUUGCAUAUGACAAUCUUGUUGCAGAUUUGUGUUUAUUUAUCAUUUAACAUAUCAAAACAUAUUAUAUAUAUAUGCAGGAGAAAGUUUUAAAAUGCACUUCUGAAUCAUUUUCUCUGUAUCAUUUUGCGAGUAUUUGCUUAAUCUCUUUCGUGUGCCAUUUGAAACGUAGCAGUAUACCUCUGAAAAGAAUACCAUGCUAUGGUCUGCGAUGUUUUGUCCAAGUACAUAGUGUUCAGUGUUCUCUUCUGUGCUAAACAAACACAAAAAAUAGGCACCAUCAGAGCUCAGGGUGGAAAUUACCCCAACAAAACAUUUUCCUCUGUACACAUAAAGAAUCUGAGGCUUCAUCCAUUGCUAAAAGCAUCUGGCAGGCGGGCACGUCAGAUUUUGGCUUCAUCUGAAGCAACUGGGAUGAAAGGAGAAAGUAAAUCCUGAUAUCUUGUUAUGCCCUGCAUCUGGCAAUAGGUGAAAAUAAUCCCUCAUCACGGACGGGCUGGCUCUUUUUCACUCGUUUAUCUGUUCUUCGCGAAAGAAUGUGUGGGGAGAUGGAAGGCGAGAUCAAAGAAAACCCGGUUCUAAAUAAAGACCUCCUCUGCAAAAUCCAGGGUCUGAAGGGGUUUGUUUAAAACACAAAAGCACAUGAAAGAUCCUCGUAGACAGCAUGAGAGACCACCUGACCUGGCAGACCCAUUGUAGAGCAUUGUCUCCUCUUUACCGACAUAAUCCUCUAUAGAGUAAAGUGUAUUCUGGGGAGAUGGGACACAUGGCAGCUUUCAUGCUAGACAUAAAUUCAGCUCAAUUUUGAGUCAUGUCUUCUCUGUUGCACUGCCAUAUUUUGCAAUGUCUUGCUUUUUUAAGGCAGAAUUUGUGAUAUGCAACACAUUUCUAUGAGUUUCUGUGCCCCCCAGUUGAAUGUAUAUUAACACCAGUGUCAGAUUUGCCUGUCUUGUCUUGUCUUGAGCAAUUAUAUCAUUUAACUUCUUGCUUUUGACAUUUGUUUUGAGCAAGGUGCAUUUUUCUGAAAAGUCCUGGUUGUUCAUAUGCCUGUAUGAUUAGUGUAUGAAUUUAUAUCAUGCUUUUAAACAGUCGUGAUCCUGUAUUUCUUUUUUUCUUUUUUCUUUUUUUGUCUAUAUUAAUUAAUUUAAUUUCAUUCUCAGUUUUUCUCUUUACUAUUUAAUCUGAGUUGCUUAUAAAUGACUUCAGUUGAUCAUGAAAUGUUUUUAAAUCUACUGCGGCUGAGACUUCGUUUGAAUUUUCAUUAGGUAAUGGACCAGAUUACAUUUUAUUAAACCCAUUGUAUGCAUUCUUGCUGGGAGGUUUUUUUUGUUGUUGUUGUUGUUGUUGUUGUUUUUAUCUGUCUUUGCUGUGUCUCAAAAUAUAUUAAUGAGCAAAAGCCCUCAAAAGGGGCCCCAUAUGAUGCCAAGAGUCUGUCUCUGAUAGUACCUGCACAAAACAGCAUAUGCUUUCACCCCUCCUCAGAGACAGAGACCGGAAAAGGCAGUAGACGUCUGAAGUGUCUGUCUGGAGAAACUGAAUUUGAAUGUGCAAAAAACUCCAGGUUGUAAGAUGUAUAUGUUUUGCAUAAAAAAGUGAAAUAUUCCAUCUAGAGAAUUUGAACUUGAUUAAAACAGUUUGUCUAUUGAGUUAUUUAAUCAUGUUUACUGAACAUGGCUUUUGGAUGUUCAUUAUGUCGACAUUAUGCUUAAUUUGCAUCAGUUAGAUACAAGUUCUGAUGGGUUUGUGGUUGUGUGCACUUUUUUGUCCCUUGCCAUCUAUAUAAGCUUUUUCGUUUCUCUUUACAACAGCAUUUCAGCCUGUUCAGAUACAUACAGUAUGGGGUAUAUUUUAGCUUGUUGAAUUUUGUGGUCUUGGAAAUGUUGUAUGGAAUGUUACAAUAAAAUGAUAUUUUUCUACAAACUGCAGCCAAAGUGGUUUGUACCCUUUUUGUGGCUAUUUAAUGAUGAAUAAAAUAUGCCUCCAUAGCUCCAGUUGUUUGUAACCAAGUCUGUGUGAUCACCACUGGACAGUUUUUGUUGGCCAUUUUGUGCUCUCACAUCAUACUGGUGUUUUUGGCUCCUUGAAAAAUAAUGUUCUUUAGUUUGAAUAUACCAAAGAGCUUUAUUUGUAUACUCAUUUUGACACUGAGUUUCAUUUGGAUUGUG